CUCGAAUGGAGAAUAUAUCGUUAUAUUUAAUCAUGGAACUAUGGAGUUUAAAAUUAUUAAAUAUAGUCAAUAUGAAAAAAUUUAUAAGGCAAACUCAUGUAAAUUUGACGAUCGUCACUUUGAAGAAUAUAAAUCUCUAUCUACAAAAAGUACAUUUAUGUUAGCAAUAUCAAAUAAUUUUGAAGUUAAGGAAGAUAAUUUCAUUUUUGUUGCAAUAUCAUGUAUAAUAGAAAAAGAUGAAUCCAUAAUUGAUAUUGAUGAUCAAACUACUGUUGAUAAUGAUAAAAGAGAACAACCUUUGAAUGGGAAAACGAUUAUCUAUAAAGUAGUUUUAGAUUCAUCUAAGCAAGAAAAAAUUAAACCAUACAAAGAAGAAGAAAUCGGUGGAAUUGUUUCUUUUGUUCAUGAGGAAAACAAUUCUAGUAAAACAGAUUGCUUUAUCUUUAAUGCAAACGGAAUCUAUAGACUCUCACUUUUUGGAUUCAAUAAUAUUUUUUUAAAGAGUUUUGAGCAUUUCAAUUAUCCAAAAAGCCUUAUGAUUGAAUUAAAUACUUUAUUUAAGAACAAAUCUUAUAUUUUUCGAAUUAAAAAUUGUAUUUUUGAUCAUUAUUUUUAUAUCGAACAAUAUAGAGAAGGUAUUCAAGUUAUGCAAUUAUAUGAUUUAAGAACCAUGCAAAUACAACAGAUUUUUAAUAUAUAUGAAGAAAAAAAUUAUUCAAAUAAAUAUAGCAAAUCCAUAUUAGCUAUUUCAGAAAAUGAGCAAAUGAUUGCUUUUUCUUCUGGAUAUGGAAAAUUGGCUCUUUAUUUAAUAGAAAAUGGACUAGAAAUUAUUCAUAAAGAUUUUGGAACAGAUACAAAAAUAAUUGCUUCUGAUUUUAAAGAUGAUAAUAAAUUAAUGAUAAUCAUUAAAAAAGCUAAACACGAGGGGAUAAAUAUUUUACUUUGGAAUUUAUAUACAAAUGAAUAUCAAUAUGAUAUUCCAUUAGAUGAAGUUGAUAUUAGUAUUUUUAAUAGUGCAAAAAUUCCUGGUAAAUACGUAUCUGUUAAUGAAUUUGGCAAAAUAUUAUCAUUAUUUGAGAGUUUACAUUUAUUAAUUAGUAUGAUAAAAGAAAAUUAUCAUGCACCAAAAUUUACAUUAUAUAGUAGUGGCAAAAGAGUAAACUCUAAUAUGAAUGUAAAAAAAAUAGAACACAAAAACCAUCUUGUUUUUCAUCAAAAUCGUUCAAUAAUCAAAGCAAAGAUUCUUAAAGAUAAUUUUGAACCAUGGAUAACUGGUAAUUAUAACGAAAUAUGGGUAUAUCUUGAUCCAAAGGAAUCGAUGCAGUUAUAUAUUGGAAAAUGUACUGUUCAAAUAUGGUGUAAAAUCGAGAAAAAUGAAAAAUUUGUUCUUAAAUAUUUUUGGGCUAACGAAGAUUAUGAAAAUAAAUAUUCAUUACGGAUAUUAGAAUUAGAUAUUUAUAACAAUGGUUUUUCUCUUAAACUAGAAGAUAACAUUCAGAUUAAAUGGUCUUAUAACGAUAAAGAUGAUAUUAAUUUAAUGAGGCAUGCUUGCGAUGCCCUUGUAUAUCUAAAUUAUCAAAGAUAUCAAUUAAUCGGAUAUGAGAAUCAGCAUGUAUUUGAGGAGAUUAAGUAUAAUAUUUCUCUUAUAAUUUGGAGAUUUAUCAGAAAUUAUCCGGAUAUUUGGAAAGUGUUGGAUAUUCACUAUAACCUUAUGGCAAAAAUCAUAAUUGGUGGAACAAAUGCUCUCAUUAAACGUAUUCUAUUUGGCGAUGAUAAAGUAAAUCAUAAAUAUUUGCAUAUACCAAGAAUAACUCGAUGGAAUAGAAGCACUGAAGAAAAUGAUAAAUUAGAAAAACCUACAAAGGAAAAAAUUGAUUUAAGUAAAUUAAGUGAUUUACAAAUAGCUAUUAAAUUGUGUAAACCAGAUCUUGAAAGUAAUCGCAGAAUUUUGGUGGUAACUUAUUUACUUGAAUAUUAUACAAAAAAUGCAACCGAACAUCUUGGAUGGUUAAUCACUUUUUCAAAAGCAUUACCAGAUUUAUAUACAUAUAAAUUAGAGUAUUUUGUAAGCGAAUUAUUUUACAAAAAAUGCAUGGAAGGUAUAGAAAUAUCAAAUAUUAUUGAUCAUAGGGAUAUUAUGCCUGAUAAGUUUAAAAUGAAUUCGAAUGCAAAAGUGUUCACAGCAUUUAAUCCAAAUUCGAAUCUUAAAGAAACAAGCGUGCCGAAAUCCAAUUUUGAAGCUUUAAGAAAUUAUUUGAAAUUAAAUUUAACAAAACUUUACGUUAAAAUUUUUUCAAAUGAUUAUGAAAGUUAUUCUCCAAUUGUAAAAAUAGUUCCUUUACAUAAUUUUACUGUUAAUAGUAUAUCUCAAAAAACUAAUGACCAUGAAGAUAAUGCAGAAAAUUUUUCACAACUUAGUCCAUUUGUUCGAAUCAUUAGAUCAGAAACUUGUUUUGCAACUAUUUGUGGAAGUUACGUUGCACAUUCUGAAGCAACAGGAUAUCAUUAUCUGGCAUCAACUGUUUCAGCAAUUUUUGUAAUGUCAUAUUGUAUUAGUCCUUCAUUUAAUACUAAAUACGCUUUUGCUAAUGCUAAGACCACCCAAGGAAAUACCAUUGCAAUUUCUUUUACAAUGCUAUUAUUGUGGUUUGAAUUUAUUUUAUAUCUUCGGUUAUUAUCAGAACCAGCAAAAUACAUCUACAUUAUGUUAAAUGUUAUUAAAGAGACUUGGAUGUUUCUUUCUUUUAUGAUUCUUGUGAUGAUAGGAAUAGCACAUAGUUUUUUACUAUUAUUAGAAUAUCCUGAUUAUACAAAUCUUACAGAAAAAACAUCAUCCUCUACAUUAUUUACGGGUGGUUCAAACCUCAAAAUACAAAACGAUUUUGAUCGAACCGAAGAUAACCCAGCUAAAAAUUUCUUUACCUCAUUUCUUUCAACAUAUAAUUGGUUAAAAGGCGACUUUUUACAACAGGACACAUGGAAUUUUUGGGCAGUAAAUCUUAUCACUUUUAUUGGUAGCAUUCUUUUAGUAACCAUUUUACAAAAUAUGUUUAUUGCUUUUAUGGGGGGUGUGUAUUCUAAAGCAUAUGAGAAAGGUCGUGUUGCAUUAUUGCGAUUUCGUGCAGAAUCAAUAUCGGAUUAUGAGGCAUUGGAUAAAAUUUAUUUCUAUCCUCAAUCACCAGAACCAAAAUAUAUUUAUUAUAUAGGCAAAUCCAAAAGUUAUGAAGAAUGGGAUGCAAAGGUUAAAAAAAUUAAUAAGGAAAGAAACUUAUAUGAUGAUUAUGAGGAGAAAAUUAUUGAAAGAAAAUUAUCAUAUAAGGAUGAAGAAGAUGAUUAUUCCGUUGAUGAUGAUAAUUCUGAAACUGAAAAGGAUAAUGAAGAAAUUAACAUUAAUCAACUUAAAGAGAUAAAUAGUAAGAUUGAUAAAUUACUUGAUGCAAUCAUUACAGCUGAUCGCCAAAUUAUUCCAAAACCUCGUGAUUAUUAA